AUGUGGAAUCAAUUGAUAAUUGCAUUGGGGUUUGUAUUGACAUUAUGUCAAUCGCAAUUGAUUGAUUCAAUUUCAACUAAUAAUUCCUGGGAGAAUACUGAUUAUACCAGAGUAAUUGAUUUAUCAAGAUCUUAUGUUAGAGAAACUGAUCAUAUUCAAAUUAAGAACACUAAUUCAGUCCCACAAGAUGAAUAUUACUUUGUUGUUAAUGAUGGAUUCGGAAGUGUUGGAGAAUUAUCCAUAUUUGCUGCUGUUUUACCUGAACAAGGUAAUUUAGAAAUUGAAUAUGAUGAAAUUAUUCCAAAUCAAGUAUUUAAAUUAAAAUUACCAGUUCCAAUUGCUCCAAAUUCAAAUAUUGAAAUUAAAAUCAAUUAUUUCUAUAUUAAUGCUUUGGUUGCUCAACCGGCUAAAAUAUCUUUGGAUGAAGUUCAAAGGGUUUUAUAUACAACUAAUAAGUUUCCUUUUAGUCCAUAUGUUACCAAACAAUAUGCUGCUCAUUAUUCAGGAAUGUCAAAGGGAGAAGAAAUUGAUUUGAAAUUGGGGUUAACUAAUACUGAUUUGGAUAUUACUCCAGCUGUUUCUAAUAAAGUAUUAAUUUAUGGACCUUUCACUAAAGAUAUCCCACCAUUUACUAUUUCACCAAUGGGAUUAAGAUAUGAUUUCAAUUAUCCAUUAGCAAAAGCAGUAAAUUAUAAAAGAUCUAUUUGGUUACCUGCUUCAGAUGUGAAUAAAGUAUCUAUUGAAGAAUAUUUUGAAUUAACUCAUGCUGGUGCUGAAUUAUCACCUGGAUUUUCAAGAGUUGAUUGGAUGAAGGGUAGAUAUGAAGCUAAAAGAGAACAUUGGGCAUUAGGAUUUUUAGAUUUCCCAUUAGAUGGACAAGAUCAAUUGGAAGAUUUUUAUUAUACUGAUAAGGUUGGGGUUGUAUCUACUUCAACAUUUGUUAAAGGUCAUUUAUUAUUACGUCCAAGAUUCCCACUUUUCGGAGGUUGGUUUUAUAAUUUCACUUUAGGAUGGUCAGAUGAUUUAUCGAAAUAUUUACAUAAAUUAACUGGUACUAAUGAUGAAUAUAUUAUUAAAUUCCCAUUAGUGAGUAGUAUUAAAGAUUUCACUUAUGAAAAUGUUUUUGUUGAAUUUUAUUUACCUGAAAAUGCCGAAUUUGUAAAUGUUUCAUCUCCAAUUCGUUAUGAAUCAUUAACUAUUGAAAAUGAAUUAUCUUAUUUAGAUGUUUCAAAAGGUCAUGUUAAAGUUGUAGUACAUUUUAAGAAUUUAUUUGAUGAUUUGGUAAAAUUAGAUUUAUUCGUAAGAUAUAAAUAUUCUCAAGCUGAUUUCAUUUAUAAAGUUGGUAAAAUUGCUGGAUUUAUAUUCUUAGCUUUGAUAAGUUAUUAUUUACUUGGAAUGGUUGAUCUUUCAAUUCAAAAGAAACAAGACACUGAAAAGAAGCCAAUUGAAAAGGAAUCCAAAUCCGUCGAAAAGGAAAAGAAAUCAUCUAGUGAAAAGGAAAAGAAGUCUGGUGAGGUUGAAAAGAAGAGUGAGUAG